UUCGCUUCCCAAGAUUAGCAUCCCUCACUGGCAACAACCCAAGCACUGUCACAUUCACUCCCGGAAAGUGACCGGAACCCGCAUUCCUACCUUGGGCUGAGUACCCGGAAUUUGUCCGUUUCGACUGUUUGUUUGGCUUUGUUGGCUGAAAUGUUGAGCGAGGCCCUGACGCUGGCGUGGGCGCCCGACGAGUCCAAGUGCGACAGGCGUCUACCCGUGAACUUUGACCUUUCAAUUGAACUCAUCUGCCAACAAACCUCGACGAAUUCCAACAGGUUCCCACCUUCCGUUCGCUGGAUGCUGGAGCUUUCGCCAAAUUUCACGCUUGACAGCUUAGGCGUCGUCAGCCCGGAACAUAACCAUCAACAGAAACCCGUCAAGGUCACAUACACCAAACAAAUUUUGAAAAUUUACACUAGGGAGUGGUUCUAUAGAAAAGAUCGCGAUUUUAUAUCCAGAAUUUUAUGGAGGGAUCAGAUUUUUGGGUUUUGGACCACUAAAUAUGUAGGUGGUAUUAACACAAGUGAAGAAAAUUCAUUCAAAUGA